AUGGAUCCAACGUAUUAUGGGAAUAGUAAUUUUGACGCAUCAACGAGGCAAAGAUCAGGCAGUACGCCGGGUUUGGGCCAAGAGCCACCUGGCGAUGGCGGCCAAUUUGGAAUGCAGCAACAACUCGGAAAAAUGGUGUGGGAAGCAGGAUCAAAGCAAUUUAAAGACACAUUCAAUUCAUAUGGAAGGAUAGAUUUAUUCCGGCCAUAUUUUGACGUAGAGCCAGCGGAGGUUCGUAAUAGGCUGAUUAGAAGCUUCAUCCCCAGAAAACCUUCCCAAAUCUCAGUUUCUCCUGAUCUUUACGGGCCAACCAUGAUUAUUCUAACAAUGGUGGCCUUACUAUUAUACAAUAUGAAGGCUAGCGGAAUUGUGAUUCAAAACGGUACUCUAAUGGGCACUGCAAUGUUCACAUGCUUCGGUAGCUGGAUACUGAUUGCUGGAGGAAUCUACAUAACCUGCUUCCUCCUAUCAGCCGAGAUGCCAUUCCUCUCAAUUCUUUCAACAUUUGGGUAUUCGUUGACUUCUCAUUGCGUGCUUCUCCUUCUGACCUCACUUUUCCAUCCAUCCCACGACCACUUGUUCUUUUUCGUUCUUCUCGGAUCGCUGUGCCUUCCAUCAGCGUUAAGAAUGGCCCUAAUUGUUUGUAAUCAUUCGCGAUUGCCUGCAAAUCGAAUGAUCCUCAUCGGUGUGUCGAUCGCCGCUCACCUUCUCCUCAUCACCUACCUUCACUUCGGAUUCCAUGUCGUCGUCGAAGAGCUUGAUGAGAUCGUUGGCGAUGCGAUUGAUACCAGUGCUAUCAAGGAAUCCAUGUCUGUUAUAAACGAACUCGAGCUUCGAUUAUCAAGCUAUGAUGCGCUGAAGGACUGCAAAAAGGCGGCAUGUGCAGGUUGUAAACAGAAUCGAAUGUAUUUCUGCUACGAUUGCCGGAUGCCAAUGCCCGGCGUUUUCAUGCCGCACGUCACUUUACCGUGCCUUGUUGACAUUGUGAAACAUCCGCUGGAGAAGAAUAGCAAGAGCAGCGCACUUCAUUGCAAGAUACUGGCUCCCGAGCAGACGCGGGUUUUCGAUUAUCCCGAUGUUCACGAUUAUCGAAACGACGAUGAGAAUGAGCGGAAUUCGACGGUGGUUGUGUUUCCGAGUAAAUCGGCAAUCAGCAUCGAGGAAUUUGUGCGCACGCGCGGUCCAAUCCGUCGGAUCAUCGUGCUGGAUUGCACGUGGUUCCAGGUGGGCACAAUGCAGAAGACGCUGCAAAUUCAAGGACUCCAACAUGUGUGCCUGCAACAGUAUCGGACGGCGUUCUGGCGGCCGCAGCACAAUGUGCCUGACACGGGUCUCGCAACGAUAGAAGCGAUUUACUACGCGCUCAAAGAGUAUCAGGAAAUUGGCCUUGGAAAGCAGUAUAAAGGAGAAUUUGACGAUUUGUUAUACUGGUUUUUCCACACGAAACAUCUCGUCGAUGAAAGACAACGCGACUAUCAGCGGAAAUUGAAUGAGAAGCUCGAAUCUUGUUGA